AUACGGAGCAGAGGGGCGUGAAGACGCCCGUCCAGAUGAGAUAGCUGACAGAGAACUGGCAGAGGCACUUCAGAGGUCCAUACAGGAAAGCGGACAGCACUGAUGCAUUUGGAGACAGCUGGAGAGGGCCCUACCAACCAGACACUGCAGAUGGACAAACUACCUCACGGCAGCCCCCACCAUUUACAUUACCCAGAACCUUACACCAAAUGUCCUCAUCCACCUCCCCUUCCCAAAGCCCUUCCUCUGGCCAGCCCCAGUCCCUGGAUCGCUCUCAGUCUGCCCCGGCCACCAUGGAACAGGCCUCAGCACCAGGGCUGUGCCAGGCCCUAUCUGGCCUCCAGGAGCCUCCUCUGCCUUCAUCCCCAGUAGAGGAUUCUGGUCCUACACCUCAUCAGGUCAGCCCUCUGCCUGUUCAUAGCAACUCCGAAGUGCCCCCUGUACCCAGUCCUUCAACAGACGUCCUCCGUACAUGUACCCCUCACUCAGACGUGACUACUGUAUCCCAGUAUCCAGGGGGUGAGGUACAGCCUGGAGCCACAGAGGGGGUUUCUGAAUCAGACGAGGUGAUGAACAGCUCCAUGCAGCCCCAUCCAGAGGAACUUUCCCCCAUUCAACCCAUGGAGCAGGAGGCGGCCGAGUCUGACGCAGCUGAUGUCACAGAAGCCUGUCCGAGUGAUCUUAGCCGAUCCAACUCGGUUGAAAUGGAGUCCCCCACUGCCUCCCAGGGCGCAGUGUCCUCUGAGACGGACCAGCCUGAAGGAGAGCACUGCUCCAGUUCCGAGAGCAUCCCCUCACUGGCGGCCGCUCUGAUGGAGCUUCACGAGCUGCUGGUGUCCAACAACCGGGCCCAAUCCCAAAACCGCAGCACCUCCUGCUCCCCCUCUCAUCCAUUCAAACAGGAAACAGAUGAAGUGGCCCUCAAGCCAUGCACACCGACACCUGAAAACACCCAGCAUAUCCCCUCUACUGCCAUCACAGCCAGUGCAGAAUCAAGCGAUGCCAAAGCCAACCAUGCUGCUGCUGUGUCUGAUGAGGGACCAUCUAAGUGUCUUGUGCCUGACCUCUCUGGCCAGGAUGAGCAUCUGGGCGGAGAUAGAGCAGAGACUGUGGAGGCCCAAGGACCACCGCAGCGUCCAGAUGACUCCGGGGAGAGGAGGGCAGAUAGCCGAGGGCAAGAUGAAGCCAAUAACAUCAGCAUUUUUCAGCCUGAGCCAGAGGUUCCUCCUGAUCCUGCAGGGGACCUGGAGUUCAGGGAACCUCCUGAGGGGCAGCAGGGGAGAGGGGUUGCAGAUGGACGAGCCUCCGGCACCAACACCCCAGACACUGUUGGCCUCCAGACUGAGCACACUUUUCUCAGCCCACUGUCUAUGGCAGUGGGCUCACCUGAGGAAGUUUCGAGCACCUCACCCCCCUCUUCUCCUCCUCUUGCUCAGGCUCCCCAGCUUGCACCUCCAGCUCCUUCUCUCCCUUCUCCGCAUCCCUUUAUAGAACAAUUUCCAGCUGAGCACAUCCAGAGAAUCCAGGCAGCAGGGUUUUCUGCCAUGGAGGCUGCAGAGGCACUGGAAAGAGCCCAUGGGGUUGUGGAGCUAGCUCUGCUGGCACUACUAGCCCGCAGUAUCACUGUGCCCACCUAGACUCAUAACUAGUCAUACGAGUCCCCAGCCUCCCAACUCAGCAUCUGUCUUAUUUAUACCUUGUUACUGAUCCAGACGUCUCAGUCCCUCCUUAGCAGGGAGCACGUAUAAACACAGGGAAAUGCUGUCUCUUGGUUUGUCGCACAGAAUAUCCAAGAACAAACAGGACAACUGGUAAUACUUUUCUGGAUAUUGCAGAUAUGUGAGGUGUGUUUGCAUGCAGAUGUUUUGGGUGCCCACCCAUUUCAUUGGUUUUUAGAGAUUUGGUAUGGUAGAUUGAUUUUCUUCUUGUUUUUUCGUCCAACAUUGACAUAUUAUUAAAUGCCCAAUGUAUGAUUGAUUCUUGAACCAUUAAACAUUAUAAUUUCCCCUUCGAUAUGUCAUAACAUGAUUGUUGUUUCAGUUAUGGAGCAUCAAUAAAGAAAAAAAAUCUCAAACUGGAGUAGCGUUGCUCCUGCUCUCCACCUCAGAGUAACUCUGCUGAGCUUUAGAUCAUUCAGCGCAAACAUGGAUAUUUGAAGCAAUUUGCUGAUAAAUAAAGCAUCAUGUUGAUUUUUAUGUUUGUAGGCCCUUCAAUCAUAAAUGAGAACCCAAUGAUGGAGGACCUACAUUGUGGAAACCGCUGCAGUUGAGAAGGGUUGAUUUCUGAUCAAGUUUACAAUGAAUUUCUCCAGAUAAGUGGAUACCCCUACAUACACGGCCAUUAUCACUGAAAUAUCAAGCAAGCCACAUGUUUGUUGACGUAUGAUCCUAGAUGGCAUUUUUUGGUUCAGUAUGUGAAUUACAGAAGGUUAUCUUGUACUGUAUGUAUCAUUCUCCACAGUUUGAGAGCUUUGCCAUGUGUAGAUUACAAAAGUGUUUGUAGCUCCUGUUCAGAAAGUCCUUUUAUUUUGUGUCAAAUCAUCAUAGUGUGUUCAUAUCUUUUAAAAACACCCAUUUUCAUUUUGUAAUCUGUUAGAAUACGGCCAUUUAUGCCUGUCAGAUGUUUUGUCCGUACAUUAUAUAUCAAGUAUUUUAAUGGCUUUAUUUCAGUCAUAUACCAACAAUGUUCAGGCAGAUUGAAUUAUCUACUUUUAUCUUGUAUGAAGUUUUAAAUUGAAAAUAAAAUGGAACUAGUAUUUGUA